AUGUCUCUUUCCUCAGUCAAGCGCUUAGGGAAGCGAAUCAUCGACUACCCAGAGGAGACCGUCGCUGUAGUUUCCGUUACGGAGUGGCUCAGGCCGUUGUUCUCGAACCCUACUAAACGUGUCAAAGGUUACCUCUUGAGCUUGUUUCCAAUCCUUGGUUGGAUUACUCGCUACAAUUUAGGAUGGCUUACUGGUGACUUGAUAGCGGGGUUGACGGUGGGUAUAGUUGUCGUACCGCAGGGAAUGUCGUAUGCCCAACUCGCAACCCUGCCUCCUCAAUAUGGCCUAUACUCCUCGUUCGUUGGUGUUCUCAUAUACUGUUUCUUCGCCACUUCGAAAGAUGUCUCGAUCGGGCCGGUCGCCGUCAUGUCUCUCACUGUGGCUCAAGUCAUUAAAGAUGUACAGACCCACCAUGCGAGUGAGAAAUUCACAGGGCCGGAAAUCGCCACAGCGCUGGCCUUCAUUUGCGGAUUCAUUGUCUUGGGAAUUGGCCUCCUCAGACUCGGUUGGCUCGUUGAAUUUAUCUCCGCGCCCGCUGUCAGUGGCUUCAUGACUGGUUCCGCGAUCAACAUUGCUGCUGGCCAAGUUCCUGGUCUGAUGGGUAUCACCGGGUUCGAUACUCGUGCAGCUACGUACCGAGUUAUCAUCAACACUCUCAAGGGACUACCUCGCACGAAGCUUGAUGCAGCCUGGGGACUGACCGGUUUAGUCGCGCUAUAUGCCAUCCGCUACACCUGUCUCAAGCUCGAACGGCGGUUCCCACAUCGCGCGCGCAUUUUCUUCUUCAUCAGUGUGUUUCGGAACGCUUUCGUGAUGCUUAUCUUGACGCUGGCCGCUUGGCUGUACUGCCGGCACAGAAAAGUGCAUGGGAAUUAUCCCAUCAAGAUCUUAUUGACAGUUCCUUCUGGCUUCAAAGCGGUGAAGCAGCCAACCAUCACUCGCAAACUCAUUUCAGCAUUAGGACCCAAGCUUCCCGUCGCGACGAUCAUUCUCUUCUUGGAGCACAUCGCCAUCUCGAAAUCUUUCGGGCGGAUAAAUGGUUACAAAAUCAAUCCAAACCAAGAGCUGAUUGCGAUCGGUGUUACAAAUACGAUUGGAUCUUGCUUUGGCGCUUAUCCAGCGACUGGGUCUUUCUCUCGCUCCGCGCUCAAGUCCAAGUCGGGUGUUCGUACGCCGUUGGCUGGUGUAUACACCGCCAUCGUCGUCAUCGUUGCUUUGUAUGGCCUUACCUCUGCGUUCUUUUGGAUUCCAACUGCAGCCUUGUCCGCUAUCAUCAUUCACGCGGUCGCUGAUCUUGUAGCUUCUCCUGCACAGGUUUAUUCCUACUGGCGCGUAUCACCGCUGGAGUUCUGCAUUUGGGUAGCGGCGGUCCUCGUCACCAUCUUCUCAUCCAUUGAAAACGGAAUUUACACGUCCAUUUCAGCUUCCCUCGCGUUGCUCUUACUUCGCGUCGCGCGCCCUCGAGGGGCAUUCCUUGGAAAAGCCGCCGUCCGGCCUUCUUCUGGGUCAACUGUUGAUCGAGACGUAUAUUUGCCGCUCACCAAAGACGGUAUCACGAACCCAUACGUCAAGGUCGAAGCUCCUUCGCCUGGAGUGCUCAUUUAUAAAUUCGAGGAGAGCUAUGUAUACCCUAACUCUCACAUCGUCUACACUGCAAUUGUGGACUACGUCAAGGCGAACCUCAGACGUGGGAAGGACAUGUCUAACGUCAAACUUGGUGACCGUCCUUGGAAUGAUCCAGGUCCCAGGCGUCCAGGCGAUUACGAGAGCGAACAGAGGGCAAAUUUGAAAAAACCCAUUCUACACGCCGUAGUCUUCGACUUUUCUGCAGUAUCUCACAUAGAUACUACUGCCGUCCAAGUGCUCAUCGAUGUCCGCACCGAAGUUGAAAAGUGGGCAGAUCACCCCAUAGAGUUCCACUUCGCACCUAUCAUGUCACCUUGGAUUAGACGCGCGCUCGUGGCGGGUGGGUUUGGAUUAGGUAUUCCAAAUCCUUGGGCUACGCCGGAAGUCGCCCCCGUUAUUCCAUACCACAAAAGCCGACUCUCAAGCCAGUCUAGUAAAGAUGAUUUGGAGGCGACGGGGGAUGGGAAAAAACGUCAGUCGGGAACUGUGGAAUUGGAGCCGGUGGUGCCAUUGGAUACCCCAUUUUUCCACCUUGAUCUUGGAGCAGCAGUUCGUGCAGCGGAGAGCGCGGCGAGGCAUGCAACACCCUUAACUUAAUCAGCGGCGCCUGCGUCUCUUUUGCAGCGCUGUCAGUGAAGCUGAAUCGGCAGCUCAUUGAUGUCCGAUAUACAAAUCCCACCAUUCAAAGCUUCAGUCACAAUGCUCGAGAUCUAAUGGGACGGAAUGCCAUGGGACUCGGCAUCGUUCAACGGACUCUAACCUUGUUCUUCUUAUCAAAAUUGAGUGUCCACGAAUUUUUAUUCCG